UGCUGGACUUGGAUGUGUCCGCGGGCCUCCGGCGCUCCGUGCAGCAUUGUCCCCGUGGAAGUUUCGAGCCACUGAGUCACGGCGAGGAGCAGACGCUGCUAGCGAUGAGCUCCCAAAGCCACCCAGAUGGACUUUCUGGCCGAGAUCAGCCCGUGGAGCUGCUAAGCCCUGCCCGCGCGAGCCACGUGCCCAGUACCGUGGAGGUGCCCUCGACACUGCCUUUGCAGGCGGCCCCCCCAGCGGUGCCCAUGGACCUGCGCCUGGACCAGCAGUUCCCGCUGCCCAUGGCAGAGCCCGCCCUCCGGGAGCAGCAGCUGCAGCAGGAGCUGCUGGCGCUCAAGCAGAAGCAGCAGCUGCAGCGGCAGCUCCUCAUCGCCGAGUUCCAGCGGCAGCACGAGCAGCUGUCGCGGCAGCACGAGGCCCAGCUGCACGAGCACAUCAAGCAGCAGCAGGAGCUGCUGGCCAUGAAGCACCAGCAGGAGCUGCUGGAGCACCAGCGGAAGCUGGAGAGGCACCGCCAGGAGCAGGAGCUGGAGCAGCGGCACCGGGAGCAGAAGCUGCAGCAGCUCAAGAACAAGGAGAAAGGCAAAGAGAGUGCCGUGGCCAGCACGGAAGUGAAGAUGAAGUUGCAAGAAUUUGUCCUCAAUAAGAAGAAGGCGCUGGCCCACCGGAGCCUGAACCACUGCAUCUCCAGUGACCCUCGCUACUGGUACGGGAAAACGCAGCACAGCUCCCUGGACCAGAGCUCCCCACCCCAGGGCGGGGCGUCGGCCUCCUACAACCACCCGGUGCUGGGCAUGUACGACGCCAAAGAUGACUUCCCGCUGAGAAAAACAGCUUCGGAGCCAAACCUGAAGUUGCGGUCCCGGCUAAAGCAGAAAGUGGCCGAGAGGCGGAGCAGCCCCCUCCUGCGCAGGAAAGAUGGGCCUGUGGUGACCGCGCUCAAAAAGCGUCCCUUGGAUGUCACAGACUCGGCCUGCAGCAGCGCCCCGGGCUCUGCACCCAGCUCGCCCAACAACAGCUCGGGGAGCGUCAGCGCGGAGAAUGGGAUCGCACCUGCCACCGUCCCCAGCCUCCCAGCCGAGACCAGCCUGGCGCACAGACUGGUGGCUCGAGAAGGCUCCGUGGCCCCGCUCCCCCUCUACACGUCGCCAUCCCUGCCCAACAUCACGCUGGGACUUCCUGCCACCGGCCCUUCCGCGGGGGCGGCGGGCCCGCAGGACGCCGAGAGGCUGGCCCUCCCAGCCUUGCAGCAGCGGCUCGCCCUCUUCCCCGGCGCCCACCUCGCGCCCUACCUGAGCACGGCGCCCCUGGAGCGGGACGGCGGGGCAGCGCACAGCCCGCUCCUGCCGCACGUGGUCCUGCUGGAGCAGCCGCCCGCGCAGACGCCGCUCGUCACAGACUGGUAUCUUUCAGGCCUGGGCGCGCUGCCCCUGCACGCACAGUCCCUGGUCGGUGCGGACCGGGUAUCCCCCUCCGUGCACAAGCUGCGGCAUCACCGCCCGCUGGGGCGCACGCAGUCGGCCCCGCUGCCCCAGAGCGCGCAGGCCCUGCAGCACCUGGUCAUCCAGCAGCAGCACCAGCAGUUCCUGGAGAAACACAAGCAGCAGUUCCAGCAGCAGCAGCUGCACAUGAACAAGAUCAUCCCCAAACCCAGCGAGCCGGCCCGGCAGCCUGAGAGCCACCCCGAGGAGACGGAGGAGGAGCUCCGGGAGCACCAGGCCCUGCUGGAGGAGCCCGGCCUGGACCGGCUCCCCGGGCCGAAGGAGGCGCCCGAGCCGGCCGGGGUGCAGGUGAAGCAGGAGCCCGUGGAGAGCGACGAGGAAGAGUCGCAGCCUCCGCGGGACGCGGAGUCCGGCCAGCGCCCGCCCACGGAGCAAGAGCUGCUCUUCAGACAGCAAGCACUCCUGCUGGAGCAGCAGCGGGUCCACCAGCUGAGGAACUACCAGGCCUCCUUGGAGGCUGCUGGCCUCCCCGUGUCCUUCGGCGGCCACCGGCCCCUGUCCCGGGCGCAGUCCUCCCCAGCAUCGGCCACCUUCCCCAUGUCCGUGCAGGAGCCCCCCAGCAAGCCGAGGUUCACCACAGGCCUGGUGUACGACACGCUGAUGCUGAAGCACCAGUGCAUCUGCGGGAACAGCAACAGCCACCCUGAGCACGCCGGCAGGAUCCAGAGCAUCUGGUCCCGGCUGCAGGAGACGGGUCUCCGAGGCAAAUGCGAGUGCAUCCGCGGACGGAAGGCCACCCUGGAGGAGCUGCAGACUGUGCACUCGGAGGCGCACGCCCUGCUCUAUGGCACCAACCCCCUCAACAGGCAGAAACUGGACAGUAAGAAACGUCUAGGCUCCCUGGCGUCCGUGUUCGUCCGGCUGCCCUGCGGGGGUGUCGGGGUGGACAGCGACACCAUCUGGAACGAGGUGCACUCAUCGGGGGCGGCCCGCCUGGCCGUGGGCUGCGUGGCGGAGCUGGUCUUCAAGGUGGCCACGGGGGAGCUGAAGAACGGCUUUGCAGUGGUCCGCCCCCCGGGACACCAUGCGGAGGAGAGCACGCCCAUGGGCUUCUGCUACUUCAACUCUGUGGCCAUAGCAGCCAAGCUCCUCCAGCAGAGGCUGAACGUCAGCAAGACGCUCAUCGUGGACUGGGACGUGCACCACGGCAACGGGACCCAGCAGGCCUUCUACAGCGACCCCGGCGUCCUCUACAUCUCCCUGCACCGCUACGACGACGGCAACUUCUUCCCGGGCAGCGGAGCGCCCGACGAGGUGGGCGCAGGGCCGGGCGUGGGCUUCAACGUCAACAUGGCCUUCACUGGUGGCCUGGACCCCCCCAUGGGAGACGCUGAGUACUUGGCCGCCUUCAGAAUGGUGGUCAUGCCGAUCGCGAGCGAGUUUGCCCCCGACGUGGUGCUGGUAUCAUCAGGCUUCGACGCCGUGGAGGGCCACCCCACGCCUCUGGGUGGCUACCGUCUCUCUGCCAAGUGUUUCGGGUACCUGACGAAGCAGCUGAUGGGUUUGGCUGGCGGCCGGAUCGUUCUGGCCCUGGAGGGGGGCCACGACCUCACAGCCAUUUGCGACGCCUCUGAAGCAUGUGUUUCUGCUUUGCUGGGAAACGAGCUUGAGCCCCUCCCAGAAGAGGUGCUGCAGCAGAGACCCAACGCCAAUGCCGUACGCUCCAUGGAGAAGGUCGUUGAGAUCCACAGCCAGUACUGGCGCUCCCUGCAGCGCCUGCCUUCCCCCGCGGCCUACUCCCUGAUCGAGGCCCAGAAGUGUGAGAACGAAGAAGCUGAGACUGUCACCGCCAUGGCCUCCCUGUCCGUGGGAGUGAAGGCCGCCGAGAGGAGGCCUGACGAGGAGCCCAUGGAAGAGGAGCCACCUCUGUAGCCUCACCCACAGCUGCGACCCUCUCGUUUGUCCGUCCGUCUUGAAGCUCCGCCAAGAAAAGUUCCCGUCUCUCUGCAUCCUGCCAGGCGUUCUAUCUGAAUCGGCAGGCGCACCGGGGCCCAGAGCCCGGGUCUCACCGGGCAGGGCAGCCUUACACGGAACCCGGGACAGACGCCAGGAUGCGCAGACACACCAACACGCAGGGUGCCAGGCUCACUCUCGGCUCCCACAAGGGAAGCCAUGGAGGGAGAAAGCCUGUGGCAGCUCGUGGCAGAGUUGCCAGAUUUAGUUGACACAAGGAAAAGAAAAUCAAAGAUCUCACAAUACAAAACAAACUUGAUUAAAAACUGGUGCUUAAAGUUUGAUUACCCACAAUUCCACAGUCUCCGUGUAAACCACUCAUCUUGUAGCUUACUUUUUUAAAGAGGACGUUUUCUACGGCUCUGAACCAGAGCGGUGUGCGGUGGGGGGUUUGCAGCCGGGUGGGGGACCGAGUGGACAAGCAUUUGAGGAAAAAACUGGACAAAAACAGAAAUGUGAGCCUGCAGGAGCCGGCUUUGUUUUCUCAAAGCCAUUGGAAGAUGCGAGUUUGUGCCUUUUUUUUAUUGCUCUGAUGGAUUUUUGUGGCUGGGUUUUCUGAAGUCUGAGGAACAAUGCCUUAAGAAAAAAAUAAACAGCAGGAAUGGGUGGGACCAUGGCCGAUGGGUGGUGGGGCUGGUGGUGCCCACAGGCUGGAGGCUACCGUGCUGGCCGGGGCUCCGCGAGCAAGCGCAG